AUGUCUGCUGCUACUACAGGGGCUAAAGCUCCAUCUGUCGAUGAUACUACUGUUGAUCUCAUAAACGAAUCUGAAGACGAAACCGAUUCAAAAAGAACACAAUUUGAUGAAACCAAAGAAUUCAUUGAUUCCUUAGCUGCUUUGGAAUCUUGGUUGGCUCCCUUGAUAUUCACCGCCUUAUCUUUUGCCGUUAGAUUAUAUAGAAUUGGUGUUAAUGACGCUGUUGUUUGGGAUGAAGCUCAUUUUGGUAAAUUUGGUUCUUAUUACUUAAGACAUGAAUUCUAUCAUGACGUUCAUCCUCCAUUAGGUAAAAUGUUGGUUGGUUUAUCCGGUUAUCUUGCUGGCUAUAACGGUUCUUGGGAUUUCCCUUCUGGUGAAAAUUACCCUGAUUAUAUCGAUUAUACUAAAAUGAGAAUCUUUCAAGCUACUUUUAGUGCUUUAUGUGUUCCUUUAGCUUAUUUCACUGCUAAAGAAGUUGGCUUGAGUAUUGCUUCCGUUUGGUUAUUCUCUUUAAUGGUUUGUUUCGAAUCCUCAUAUGUUACUUUAGGUAAAUUCAUCUUAUUAGAUUCAAUGUUAUUAUUUUUCACUGUUGCAACCGUUUUUUGUUUUUCUAGAUUUAAUAAUUUCAAUACCACUGCAGGAAGUUUUUCAAGAAAAUGGUGGAAAUGGUUAUUAUUAACCGGUUUAAGUAUCGGUUGUACUUGUUCUGUUAAAAUGGUUGGUUUAUUUGUUACUACUUUAGUAGGUAUCUAUACUAUUGUUGAUUUAUGGAAUAAAUUUGGUGAUAAAUCAAUCUCUUGGGCAACUUAUACUUACCACUGGGCUGCUAGAAUUUUUGGUUUAAUCAUCGUUCCAAUUACUAUCUUCCUUAUCUCUUUCAAAGUUCAUUUCGAUUUAUUAUACAAAUCAGGUCCCGGUGAUGCUAAUAUGUCCUCUUUAUUCCAAGCUAAUUUACUUGGAUCUGACGUUGUUGGUGGUGCUAGGGAAGUAUCAAUUGGUCAUUCAGUAAUGACUUUGAAAAAUCAAGGUUUAACUGGUGGUUUAUUACAUUCCCAUAUUCAAACAUUCCCAGAAGGUUCUAAACAACAACAAGUUACUACUUAUUCUCAUAAAGAUUCAAAUAAUAAUUGGAUUAUGCAAAGACCAAGAGGUGAUCCUAUCUAUGAAACUGAUACCAAUACUGAUAUCGAAUAUGUUAUCGAUGGUAUGACUGUUAGACUUGUUCAUCCUUUAACUGGUCGUAACUUACAUACUCAUGAAGUUCAAGCUCCUUUAUCCAAAUCUGAAUAUGAAGUUGCUUGUUAUGGUAAUAUGACUAUUGGUGAUUACAAAGAUAAUUGGAUUGUUGAAAUUAUGGAACAAUCUGGUGAUGAAGAUAAAAUCAGAUUACAUCCUUUAACUUCUUCAUUUAGAUUACGUAGUCAAGUAUUGGGUUGUUAUUUAGGUGUAACUGGUAAUUCAUUACCUGCCUGGGGUUUUAGACAAGGUGAAGUUGCUUGUUUUAAAGAUCCAUUUAGAAAAGAUAAGAGAACUUGGUGGAAUAUUGAAAAUAACGAAAAUCAACUUUUACCUCAAACUCCUCCCGAUUUUAAAUUACCUAAAACUAGAUUUUUAAGAGAUUUUAUUCAAUUGAACUUAGCUAUGAUGGCUACUAAUAAUGCAUUGGUUCCUGAUUAUGAUAAACAAGAUGAUUUAGCCUCUUCAUUCUGGCAAUGGCCAAGUUUACACACCGGUAUCAGAAUGUGUUCCUGGGCUUCUGAUCGUGUCAAAUACUAUAUGAUUGGUUCUCCUGGUACUACUUGGACUUCCUCUGUCGGGGUUGUUGUGUUUGCAUUCUUAACCUUAUAUUUCUUGAUCAGAUGGCAAAGACAAAUUGUUGAUUUCCCUUCAUCAAAUCCACAAAAAUUAAAAUCGUUCCUUAUGGGUGGUAUUUAUCCUAUGUUUGGUUGGGGAUUACAUUUCAUGCCUUUCGUCAUCAUGGGGAGAGUCACCUAUGUCCAUCAUUACGUUCCAGCAUUAUAUUUUGCCAUGCUCAUUUUCACAUAUGAAGUUGAAUUAUUCUCUACUCCUUUGAAAUACGCAAGAUCUCCUACUAAAAAGAUCUUAUAUGCCGUUGUUUAUUUUGCUGCUUAUGCUAUCGUGGUAGGUACCUUCUGGUACUGGAGAGCUAUGUCUUUUGGUAUGGAAGGUCCAAAAGAAGACUACGCUCAUUUGGAUUUGUUAUCUUCAUGGAGAAUCUCCAAUGAUAACUAUAGAUAAACAUAUUCAAUCAACAACUUUUUUUAUCCUUUUUAUUCUCUUUAAUUAACUGGUCCUAGUUUGCAAUUGAGUAUUGACAAUUUGUAAUUUCGAUUCAGUCCAUCAUUUAUUUUUAUUCCCUUCUAUAGAUACCAUGGAUUUUGGUAAGGGAGAAAACACAAUCCAGAAACC